ACGUGACAUAAUUUUUGCAAUAGAUCCACGCGGAUUCUAAAUAAACAGCGUAUUGUAAAAUUUCUUUCGUUGAAAACUGUAUCUUGUUGAAAGUUUGUUUAUUUCAAUGGGGCUAAUAUGUCGGUGCAAACUUGCUGCCGAGAUCAACGCAAAAUGGGACAAGUGAUCGAUCAGAUGAAAAUCCUCGCUAAUAAUCUGGACGAGUUGCGUUCGGAGAUCGAUGCGUUGAAAGGUAAUUUUCUAAAGAAAGAUAGUGGCUUUUUCCAACAGACUGGAGACAUUAAAAAUAAUAUUGUUAGAAAGUUGAAGAGGUACAUGAGAAAAGUAACGAGCAUCAGUGAAAGAAAGUCUGAUAAUCAAGAGGUUUACUAUCCCUGCACAAAUUCAGACGCUCCGAUGCCUUCGUUUUUGAAUUAUAUUUUUCGAAUCGGUAAACGAGAAGACGUAUGGCAAAUACCGACUAGAGUGAAGUAUUUAAAUAACGAGGGUAACCAAACGGAUGAGAAGCUGGAGGAGCUUGAAGAAACUGCAGAAAAUAAAAUUUACUCGCAUGAAUACGUAACUAUGACACCACGGUGUUCCGACAUAAGCUGCGAAUUAGAUUCUCGAGUAGAAACCCCAUUUUCUUCAGCGACUAAUCUUCCCUCUAAUUUAUCGACGACUCAAAUUGAUCCUAAAAAUUCUUCGCAAAAUACGAAAGUAUCAUUGCCGAAUGGUGUUGGUAAACGAUUAACAGCUGCCACUACUCAAACUACAGCACCUAGAUUGAGAAGAAAUCGGAAAGUUAUGAAGUCUCAGUCUAAAAAUAAAAAUAUCUAUUUUUCCAAGUUCAAAAACGGUGUAAUUACUAAGAAGACCAUAAGAAACUCGAACGAAAGUACCUUAAGAGUUUGCAGAAAUGAUUAUUCAUAUUUGAAGAAAAAAUUCGAUGGACAGUAUCCUUGGGAUAAAAAGAAAGGAAGUAACAUUGAGACGGUUAAUAAUGGAAAGAUGAAUAAGGAAUUUUCUUUGGACAAAAUUAUUCAAAGAUUGAAAGAUAUCUCGUCUACGAACGAUGAGACUCUGCAAGAAGAUAGCUGGUCUUCUUCAUCGGUGUCUGUUGAUUUGGAAGUGAAUAUUUCGAAUAGUUCUAGCAAGAUUGAUGAAUUUACUGAACGUAGAAAACCAAGAACUUACGUUGUACGUAAAUCGUCCCAGAAACGUGAUCAAGAUAAUUGGUCGAAUCAUUUCGAGAAGAGUAUAAUUUAUGUUGGAUCGACCUCUGAUUUAACCCUCUUCUCUCACAGUUUUUUAAAUUAAAAUACUCUUCUUCAACCAUGAAAUAAGUCGUGGUUUAUACUUUAAAACCUUCUCAAGGAAUUACUCUAAAUAAAAAAAAAAGAGCCAUAAAAAU